CAAUUUCUGAAAAAUAAGGGGAGGUGGGUCACUAAUUAGAUUUUUUCGGAAGGAAUCCAAAACUGGUUCUCGAAGGGAAUCCCAAUUUCCCAACAAUCUCGGCAUUUCAUCGCUCGCUCUCUCUGGCACCCCAUUUUGCACCAUUCCGACCAAAAGCUUCUCUCUGCAUAUCGUCGAAUUCGCCAUAUCCAAAUGCUCCUCAAAUUCCCAUAAUCAGUUGGUCAAGUGCAGCACAACUUCCAAGACUGAAACCCUAAUCCAGAGGAUGCCGACCUCAAAUGCAGCAGCUGCAGUUUCCGGAGACUCGUUCAUAACUACAAUUGGGUCCAGCGUUGAAGAUAGACCCCUCAAGGAAUCGGGCGCCGCUCAAUCUCAAUCUUACGCCCAGAAUGAAGUGCAAGAACUUGUAAAGUCUGGCAAACAAGACUCCUCUAGCCAACCGGGAGAAGCGCAGAGUUCUGUAGCAGUGUCUUCCGAUCAAGAUACCUUUGUUGAGCAGCAACUUGGGAAGAGCACUGCAACUGUGGAUGAACUGCUCGUGCAGGGGAAUGAAAAGUUCCAGGAGACAGAACCAAGUCGUGUAAAUGAUCAGAACAAUGUUCCCCAUGACGGCGUGUUUAAAAUUGCUUGCUCGUCUUCUAGCAAAUUCGGAUCGCAUGUUGGCGAUACCAGGGACAUUGACAGUGCUGUUCAGGAUGCAGUGUUGAGGGAACAGGAACUUGCAACCCAAAAUAUUAUUCGCAGCCAAAGGGAGUCCUUGGGUGCAGAUGGACCUCCUAGCGAAAGAUCAGAUAUCUUUUCAGAACGUUAUGACCCAAGUACUCUUAAAGAGCAUCUUUUGAAGAUUACUUCUGAUCAUCGUGCUGAAAUGGCUAUGAAAAGAGGAAAGUCAAACCUUCCAGAAGAAGGGAACUUGGAAAUUGGAAAUGGUUAUGGCGUACCUGGUGGAUGUGCUUUCUAUGGUGCUUCAAAGCCUGGAAUUGUAACCCCUGGAAAUAAUGCGAUUGGCUGGAAAAUCCAGGGACAGGUUACGGAAGCAGAACAAAACUCUGCUACUAAAGAAUUGCCCGAGUACCUCAAGCAGAAGCUAAGAGCCAGGGGUAUUCUUAAAGAAGAUACACAAAAAAGAAAUUCUACAAAUUCUGAUGCUAUUUCAAAUCAACCAGUGCAAGGAGAUAAGCUGCCUCGUGGAUGGGUGGAGGCUAAAGACCCUGAUAGUGGUGUUUUGUAUUAUUAUAAUGAAAGUACUGGGAAGAGUCAAUGGGAAAGGCCCUCUGACUCCUCUUUUGAUCUGCAACUUCCAUCAGCUGUAUCCCUUCCAGAAGAUUGGAUGGAGGCACUCGAUGAAACAACAGGCCUUAAAUACUACUACAAUGUAAGAACCCACGUAACCCAGUGGGAGCAUCCUGUUUCAUCUCAUCAGGGAACUUUGACACACUCGAAUGGUAACGUUCCUGGGGUUUGGAACAACCAAACUUUUGAACAAAAUAAAUGCAUCGCAUGUGGAAGAGGAAUGACCCUCAUGCAGGGUUCUAGAUACUGCAACAGUUAUACAUGUGAGGCUUCUACAAGUUCAACCAAUGGGAAUUGGCAGGAGCAAUCGUUUGAGCUAAACAAAUGCAUGGGAUGUGGCGGUUGGGGGCUUGGCCUUGUGCAAUCUUGGGGUUACUGCAAUCAUUGUACACGAAUUCUCAGGCUUCCCCAGUGUGAAUACUUGCCAACCAGCAGUGUUAGUAAUCAGCAUCAGCAGAAGACCGAGAGUAUCGAUCACAGCGCUGAUGCUUCCAUUAAAAAGUCUGCUAUGGAUAGGUCCAAAUGGAAACCUCCAAUGGGGAAAGGUGGAAAACGAGAAAGUAGGAAGCGAUCCUACAGCGAGGAUGAUGAAUUGGAUCCGAUGGACCCUAGCUCCUAUUCAGAUGCUCCUCGUGGUGGCUGGGUUGUGGGUCUAAAAGGAGUACAACCUCGAGCAGCAGAUACUACUGCUACAGGUCCUCUAUUUCAACAGCGGCCAUACCCAUCACCUGGAGCUGUUCUGAGGAAGAAUGCCGAAAUUGCUUCACAAACCAAGAAGGGAAGCUCUCACUAUGCACCUAUUUCCAAGAAAGGAGAUGGGAGUGAUGGCCUUGGUGAUGCUGACUGAUCUUCUACGAUACAACAGCAUGCCACGUGUUUCUCUAGCGCUGGAAUGCGUUUUCCACAUGAGAUGCUGUGGACUUUUUUACCCCUAUAGCCUUAACUUGAAGGUAUGGAUCAAAUGAACGUGAUUGCUGCUGACUUUUUGAAGGAUUGGCCGUAUGUUCAAGUGGGAGUCAUUGAGGCAUUUUAAUGUGUCCUGUUUACAUGUUCUUGGUUCUGUGUCACUUUUUCUACCCCUUUGUCUUUUUGCCGCCCCCUCUUGUACAUAUAUAUACUUCUAUAAGAAAAAGUAAAAUUUUGUGUAACUAACUACGUUGAGCUUGUGGGCCUUGGGGCGGGCGCGAGUGCCAAGAGGUGAGUAAAGCUCCGACUCCAAAUUAUCCACAAAAAAAAAAAAAAAAAAUUACACUGCAUUGAGCUUGGACGUAGGUUUGUUUAUCACAACUUAAGAGCUUUCUAAUCCUAGUAGUUAUGUAAACUCAAAGCCUACUUUCUAUAUUACAUUUUUGCUUUUACAAAUUAUAGAUUCACGAGUCAAAUAUAGAGUUAUGUAAACUUGAGUUUGUCAAUUCUAAAUUUCAUAAAUUCAGAAAGAUUAGAUUCAUGA